AUGUUGGACGAUAAACUACUAGAGGCGGGGGAGGCGGCGGUGGUACCCUUAUCUGCCCUCAGUGCCAACCUCCCACUCCCAUCCCACUAUCCAGCAGCUCCAGUGCCAGCCUCCACACUCCCAUAUACAGCCCUCACAGUGCCCUCCCACAUAUAUAGCCCCUCAGUGCCAACCUCCCACACUCCCAUAUAUCCAGCCCUCAGUGCCAACCUCCCACACUCCCAUAUAUCCCCAACCUCCCACACUCCCAUAUAUCCAGCCCUGCCAGCCUCCCACUCCCUUAUAUCAGCCCUCAGUGCCAUCAGCCUCAGUGCCAACCUCCCACCUCCCACACUCCCAUAUACCAGCCCUCAGUGCCAACCUCCCACACUCCCUUAUAUCCAGCCCUUAGUGCCAGUCCCACCUCCCCAUAAACUAGCCCUCAGUGCCAACCUCCCCACACUCCCAUAUAUUCAGCCCUCAGUGCCAACCUCCCACACUCCCAUAUAUCCAGCCCUCAGUGCAGCCUCCCACACUUCCAUAUCCAGCCCUCGUGCCAACCUCCCACUCCCCGCCUACCAGCCCUCAGUGCCAACCUCCCACACUCCCCAUAUAUCCAGCCUUGCCCUCAGUGCCAACCACCCCUCCCCAUAUAUCCAGCCUCUGUGCCAACCUCCCACACUCCCAUAUAUCCAGCCUCAGUGCCAACCUCCCCCUCCCAUAUCAGCCCUCAGUGCCAACCCCCACACUCCCAUAUAUCCAGCCUCAGUGCCAACCCCACUUCCCACCAUAUCAGCCCUCAGUGCCAACUUCCAUACUCCAUAUAUCCAGCCCAGUGCUAACCUCCCACACUCCCAUAAACCAGCCCUCAGUGCCAGCCUCCCACACUCCCAUAUAUCCAGCCCUCAGUGCCAACCUCCCACACUCCCAUAUAUCAGCCCUCAGUGCCAACCUCCCACACUCCCAUUAUCCAGCCCUCAGUGCCAACCUCCCACACUCCCAUAUACAGCCCUCAGUGCCAACCUCCCACUCCCAUAUACCCCCCAGUGCCAACCUCCCAUACUCCAUAUAUCAGCCCUUAGUGCAACCUCCACCUCCCAAACCAGCCCUCAGUGCCAACCUCACCUCCCAUAUAUCCAGCCCUCAGUGCCAACCUCCCACUCCCAUAUAUCCAGCCCUCCAGUGCCAGCCUCCCACACUCCCAUAUUCCAGCCCUCAGUGCCAACCUCCCCACUAUAUGCCCUCAGUGCCAACCUCCCACUCCCAUCCAGCCUUCACCAACCUCCCACACUCCCAUAUAAGCCAUAG